AUGGUUGAGCCUUUCGAACUUGACCGGAAGUCUGGGUACGAAGAUAUCAAGGGUGGUCGAAUGAGGGAGACCGGAACUACUUCCGGUAUCAUUUCGGAUCAAACUCGAUGCGAGGAUUCAGAUCUGGUGUCCUUAUUUCAAGGUGAACCUUUUUUUGACACUAAAAUCCUGAAAGACAUGAAAGUUAUUCAAGAGUUGGCAACUUUGUACUCUGCUCUUCUGCUCCUAACUGGCGAAUCUGGAGAGCUAAAUUUUAGGGACAGAUUGAUAAAAUACAAGGCUGAAGGCAGAGUGCACAAGCUUAAGUGGGUGUAUGAUGGGAUAGCGUGGGAUAUCCAGAGCGGCAUCAGUGUUAAGGCAAAGCAUUAUCAGAGCAAACAUGGAGCGAUUGAACAUGCUGUCAAGGAACUCAUUGACAAACUUGCAUCUCAUGGGAUAAUAACAAAGUAGAGCGGUCCAAUUUCUCAAUGGACUGUAACAUACUAGAUUCGUUUAUUGUUCGAUAUUACUUCUCUUGCUGUACCAAAACUUUUAACUUUUUCAAUUAUGAUCGAAGAGGGUCUCGUACUUUCAAUGAGGUGAACCAUAAGUCAUAAAACGGCAAAAAAAUUGAACCAUUUGACGUAAGAACUGACAAGUUUUAACCACUGGUCGAAGAAACAUUGGCUGUAAAAAAUUAUGUUAUUUGCAACAGAAAGACUGAAUUAAUGGUUAGUCGUAAGAUGGCCAAAAGCUUAUUAACCGUUAACCGUAAGAGCCAUUACUCUCUUGAGACCUUCUAACCGGUGUCUAAUAAAGACAGCUAGUCAGGGAAUGAUGGAGAAUGCAAAGGAAUUAUGACCAGAGGCGGUCAUAAAUUUUUACUAAUCCGCUUGAAUGGACCAGAUUUGUAAGAUUUGAUUGUCAAGCAACGUUUUGAAACCAGGCGUUCACACCACGUGAUGGGCUAGUUUCGUUCCUUCCGUAGAGAUAACUUGUCACGUUGUGUUAUGUGACCCUCCGAUGGGAAAGUAGGCCACGGGAAUAGGAUGAAGACACGAACACGCUAAAAUGACACGCUAAACGAUAGGUAGUGAGUGAAGUGAUACGCCAGCUCUGAAGCGGCGUGUCGCAUUUGUACAAUACUGAAUUAAAUUUUUUUCAAUCUUGAGAAGAAGUUUUUUUCUGUGUCCUUCACCGUGACAUUCAGGAUGAGAAAAGAAUACUUUUUCUGCAGACAUCAUGCAAUCCUCUAAAUUUGCACUACAUCAUGCUUUCAGUUAUUUGUUAUGGCGUGAUUUGAAUUCUGAUUUGUUUCAGUUUUAGUCUCACGUCAUAGGUAAGGAAUAAAAACAUAUUUUCCA